AUGGCCGCUCAAGAUGAGCUCUCAGAAGGCGGCAUGGCUGACCUCGUUCGGGCACUGGAGCUCAUCCACAACCCUUCGUCAACAAAUGACCUCCGCAGGCAAGCCCUGACCUUUGUGGAGUCUCAAAAAGAAAGCAAGCUAGCUGCUCGUAAUGGGUUCCUUCUGGCUUCACGGGUAGAAAACGCUCCCUUGGUCCGCUAUUUUGGCUUAACGCUCUUGGAUCAUGUACUGCGUCACACUUCUUUCACCGCCGCAGAUCAGGUGGCUAUCCUCAGAGACUUUGUUCUCAAGCUUGCUGAGUCUAUCCGGCCAGAGGAUCCGGCCUAUUACCGCAACAAGAUCCCGCAGUUAUGGGUAGAGAUUGCCAAGAGAAGCUGGGGCCUAGACUGGUUGGCUAUGGACGAGAUUCUUGUGCAGUUUUGGGGAGCCAGUCUUGUACACAAGGAACUUGUCCUUUCGAUUCUGGAAACAUUGUCAGAGGACAUAUUCUACCGCGAAGACACCGUCUCAUCCUUGCGAGGCACAGAUCUCAACAGAGCAUUAGUGGAGAUCUGCACACCACUGUCAGUCUUUGAGGAGAUCUAUCCAAAGCGCGAGCACCAUGUUGAGCUUCGGUGUGGGACCGAGGGAUGGCUCGCAAGGACAUGCGAGUUCCUUAUCUACUGUGUUGAGAACCUGCAAGCUUCCAUACAGGCCAGAGACGCAGCGCUCAAAGCUCUUGCAACACUGAAGUCCAUCUUAGUUUGGGCAAUCCCCAAGGCCAUCAUGUCCACAAAUUGUGUCUCGAGUAUCGUAAGGCCGCUUACCUGUAGUGAUGAGCAGGUGUUGUUGGCUGCGGUUGAAGCACUGCACGCUCUUUAUAGCAGGUCGAAUUUCGAAAUAGAAGACUUCCAGCCUCUCGUGCACUUGAUGUACGAAACAGAGUACUUGACUCUUCUACGGAAAUUGUACGAGUGGUCCAUUGUAGGACCCGACGACAUCGACGAUACUAGGUACACGAUCUCGAAAAAGCUAUCCGAGAUGCUCUCGUACCUUGCGGGGUUCCUUGAGGAGAAGGGCUUCUCUCUUGAGACCGCACAUGGCAUGAACCUCACUUUCUUUUUCCAUCUCCUGAUCAGUGUCAUCCAGAACCAAAGUUUGACCGUGUCGAUACCUGUCCUUCACGUAUGGUGCAAACUACUCGCGUCCGAGAGGAUCGGGAGCACCGAUCUGGUCACUGGAUUGAUUCCCGUUUUGCUUAGCAUAUGUACUGAGCGACUAAUCCGCUGGGAAUCGCUACCAGCGGAUUCUGAUAAUCCUACAGUAAUCUUUCUAAAUGAAGACAUUGAUACGGUCCCAGAACGGCAUGCUUUCGUUGGAAAUUACAGAAGAUAUUGCUCGUCCAUCAUCGAGACUAUUGUUCAGAAAAGACCACAAGAUGCUAUUCCACAUAUUCUCGCGGGAGUUGAUGCAAACUUGGACAAUCUCUACAAUGGGGUUGAGCCAUUUGACGUGAAAACGUUCUCCAAGAACUCUCUUUCAUUGAUGCGCGCCGACACUCAAUUCGCUGUAGUGGAAGCUACACUCAAGGGUUAUAACAAAUGGGUAUCAGGUCAUGGCAAAAUGCCCCAACAGGAUGACCCUAUUUUGAAACAGCGCAUCAUCAAGCUUAUCGUUGACAUCUCAUCCAGAGCUCUUGACAAGAAUCCCAGUUUUUCACUUAAAGUCCUUGAGCAUAUCCUUAUGACUCGUCUCCCUGACUUGGUUGAAUGCCCGGCUUACUCGGAAGCUGUGAAGGAACUACAUGGGCUGGCCAGCCAUGAACUCCGACGCCUGGCUAUGCGCUAUGCUGACUAUUUCUCUACGUUCUACGAUCUGCUUGAGCCGAAAAUUAAAGAAAUCACCAUGGCCAACCGGGUGGACGACAAACUCCACAUGGAGCACACCUCAAUCCUCCUAAUUAUCAUUAAUGCUCAUGCCUUCCACAAUCCGGCGAACUGGGGUGGCCUGCCUCAUGACAUGCGAGGGGUCGUCGAACGUAUCCUGACCGACCGGUUUUGGCAAGCAGGCAUAUCUACUGGCAGCCGCGACGAGUUCUAUGCCAAGAUUACUGCGUCGCGAUCUUCGCUCGAAGGGUUCGCUUCCUCCGUUCGAGGUAAGGUUCGGGCUGUCCGGGAAUCCUGCUACUCAAUGCUGUUCAGCAUGAGCAGAUUGAGGGAGCAUUUCUAUGGGUUUGCAGAACUUCCAGGUCCUCUUUCGCAAGCUCUCUUCAAGGACUCACCACACUUAUCCUCUCACCAAUUCUCUGUUCUCCUCAAUAUUUCCAGGUGCUUGAUCGACGAUUGCCCCGUCCGUUUCCGAGCACAGUUCCUUCCUCCUAUGUUGGCAACGCUCUUCACCAACAUUGACAGGAAAGUUACAGCGGAAUGGGACCUUAUUGAGCAACGCAAAGAGGGACUUGCGGACGGGGAUUUGACUGACGAAAUGAAGUCAGAAAGUAUCCUCCGCCAGUUGACUUAUUCCGCGGUGCUCAUGGUAGCAAGUCUUUUGGAUCCGCAGAGAGGUGAUCCGGACGACGAGCCAGCUGAGCCUAGCGCACCGCAGCCACCUCCAGCACUUUCCGACUCGAUUCGGCACUUUGUUCUUUCUUCGCCGGAAAUAUUUGAACCCGUCAUGCUCUUCUGUACACAUGCGCUUCGCAUGCGGGAUACGAGAUGCUGUAGCAUCAUCACUCGUGUUAUUCGAUCAAUCUUGCAGGACUUCGCACCUCCAAAUCACAGCCCGACUAUAGUCACGAUCCGCGAGUUCAUUUCCUCGGAAGUUCUCAAGGCCUGCAUUACAUCUGUGCAUGAGCCUUACUUUGUUGACAUGCAGAAAGACUUAGCCCAGCUGAUCGCCUCGAUUUGGGUUCUUUAUGGCUCGAGUAGCCCAACACCACGCUCGGUGAUUCUCAGCCUUCCUGGAAUGGAUGAACAACGGGUCGCAAGUACGGAGGCCGCACUUCUACGAUCAACGGCAGCGCGGCAGCAACGUGCGCUCGUGUUAGACCUUCUUGAAGGCCUCAGGGGAGUGAGUAUUGCAGAGCAAGGCAAGAUCUUGGGCUCCCGGGAAGAACGCCGCAAGGCACGCAGUGCCUUGCAAGAGAGAUAUAUGAGCAACGAGAUGGAAGGCCAACAAAUCAGCAAAGUUGACAUCAAUGACGGGCCUGAUUUGGGUGGUGUUGCCGACAUGUUUGGUUAG